CCUGCCUGCACACGCGUUGUAUCUUUGUUGUUUUUGUUUUUAUGUCAUGUCAGUGUCAUGAUUCAGUAUCAGUCUGUCAAAGACAAUUUGGUUAGGAAAUAGUAACAAAUAGUAACAAAUAGUUCAUGGAAUGGACAUAAACGUGGAAACCGAAUUACUUAUAAAAGCUGUAGAAAAACAACCAGCUAUAUGGAAUCCUUCUUGUGACAUGUACCAUGAUCGACUUGCGAAGAGAGCUUCUUGGGAACUUAUUUAUGAGGAGCUCUUUGAGGGUUAUAAGAAGAGGCCACAGAGAGAGAGAAUUGAAAUAGGAAGAAAAAUAAGCAAGCGAUGGAAGAAUAUAAUAGAUAACUAUAGAAGAUGUGAGAGAAAAGCGGAAAGGUUAGGUGAAGGUGAUGCUAAACGCUACUUGUAUUCACGACAUCUAUCUUUCCUGAGGGGGGCAACAGAUUUUGCUCAUGCAGAGGACGAAGAAAAAGAAGUGAAAACUACAGAUGACGGUGGUAACACUGCUGCAGAUGAAGCUGCUGAAGAAAUACACUCAUAUGGUCAACAGUUUGCUGCUGGUGAGGCUACCAACUCUGAUAGGAUACCACCGGUAAAACGUCAAAGGAUCUUCGAAAUAAAUCGGAAUAAUUACACAAACAGGCCAACACCUCCGCCACCACCUCCACCCCUACGUGUUCAUGCUCCAGUAGCCUUUCAAGCUCCAAUAGAAACAGAUGAUGAUCGGUCGUUUUUUGACUCUCUAAUUCCUGCUGUAAAAACGUUGUCACUUGAUAGUAAACUACAGUUCAGAUGUGAGGUGAUGCGAUUGGUCAGUCAUUUCCGAACACUUGAAAGUAAACAGAACAAUUCCAAAACCCUACUUCAACACCUAACGACACCUUCCUCUGAAAGCCACCUUACAAGGUCGGACACAUUGCUAAAACAAUGUGAUUUCUCAGAUAGUUUGAUCGGCGAAGGAACUGUUUGACGGCUGUUAAAACUGUGAAAAUGGACUGGAUCGAUUUUGUUUUGCGCAAACUACACAUGUUUGACAAUCUAACCGGGGAUGAAAGUAUUGUGCAAACAUGAGAGCAGUCUACGCCUUUCUUUUCUAUUAAAUAUGUGCAAUUAGGUGAGAUAUAGACUCACCACUGCACCUGCGUUACAAGAUCUCUAGAAAUUUGUGACACUUUGAUAACCGUGCAAGUGUUGUCAAAUUCAUGAAUGCGUAGAGUACAAGUCUUCUUUACUUUUAAAUUACGCAACUUAUAGAUCAUGAUCUCGGAAAAUCUAGGAAUUUAAGUGAAUUCACCUCACUUAUUUUUGUACAGAAAACAGUUUUGUGCUAAUAAGCCUGCUGUUUCUAAAUUUUUAUUGCUUUUUUAUGUAAAUGAAUAAAUUCAAAAAACAUAAAUUAGGUUGCCUAGUUAUCCUGGAAUCAAUAUGAUUCCCUUUAAGUUACCAAAAAGAACCAUGAUUGUAUAAUUACUGUUAUCAUUGUUACAACUCAAUGUGUCACCACAGAGCAAUUUGAUUCAUGUAAUACAUUAAAAAAUAAUAUUUCUUCAAUCUUUCAAAACAUAAAUUAAUUCAUAUCUCACUUUUCUUAGUUUUUUCUACAAUAUCAGUAUUGUAGAGACUAGAAAUGAAAUUCUAUAAUAAAAGUUCAUUCCAACUAUGUUUUAUUAAUAAUUAUUAAUAUAUUUUACUUCCUUCAGGACAGGUCACCAAGUAUACUGUAAUAUUUUUUCUAAUUUUCAUCUUCAAAAUAGGAAAUUUAUUGAAAUUAUACAGUAUUAUUAAUCUAAAUACAUAUAUUUAUAUUACCUAUAAAAGAAAUUGAUGCUUUAUAUAGUUUCAAUAUGGGCUGACGUUGCUCGAACAGGCGUUGGUACAAGUCAAGUUUGCGCAAAUUGUUUGUCCGUAGAUUGGGCGUUAACAACAAUUUAGUACAGUAGGGGUAUUACUGUGUAAUGACCUUAUUGAUGUUUUAACUUUUUUCUAGUGUUUUCAAUGUCAUGUUGUUGUUUAAACUCUCAUAAUAAAAGACUUAUUAUAAUACAGCUUUAUUUUUCCUAGACAUCUUACAACCCAACGAUUAUAAAACGCUUAUUGCUCUACUUCUUCAAGUAUAAUUUGAAUAUUUUAAAUUCCUAAUUUUUAAAUAUAUAUAGAACAACUCUCUGAGGGAUAACUACUAUCAGUUGUCAGUAAUUGAAGAAAGUGACUUAAAAACAUAAAUAUUAUGGAAUAUGAAAGAAAAAGUGCAAAUUUUUUUACAAUAAAGAACAUAUUAAUAUAAUAACUUAUGACAUAUGCGUUAUAUAUGUUUAUAUAAUAUAGCAUCUAAUUUUUGUUGUUUAUAUGCAAUGCAUUCUGUGACACGAGUAAUGAUAGAAUUAGUCAUGUCGACUUUUUUGUGUGAUAUGUUUUACAUCUGGAAAUUUACAACUGACGAGUAUACCUCAUGAAGCUCUUAUGUAUUUAUCUAGAAAAUAAAAUUUAGAUUGUUGAAA